AUGAAAUUUACUCCGGAAGAAGACGAACUACUCAUUGAGUUGAAACAGAAAUAUCCAGAUGCUUCAAUGAGCACACUAUGAAAGCACUUUGAUCAAAGAUGAGUGACUUCUCUGUAUCAAAGAUGGAACAAAAUAAACCCAUCAUUCUCUAAAGGGCAGUGGGAUCAAUCCGAAAAAGUUCAGCUCUUCAACACAAUGUUUGAUGUUAUAUCUGCCAAUAUCGAGACCAUUUCUCAAUCUCUGGAUAUCCAGAGAUACAAAAAAGAUAUUUACAAGCAAGUUUACAAAGUCAAGGAGAUUGCAACCGCUGGAUAUCUGGGACCAGAUUACGAAGUCAAAAUGGACGGAAUUAAGCCUGAGAAGAAAAGAAAAAGGGAGCAUAAGAUAAUAAUAAAAAUAUAAGAUUUAGAAAUAAAGAUACCGUUGUGAAAGGAGAGGUAAAAGAUAGAUUUUCUCUGGCAACAAAAUUCCCUGCUGAUUUGGAAUUUGACACAUUUUGUAAUAAUGAAACGAAGCAAAGCUCUUCUUUUGAUCUUCCCCAAGGUUUAUCAAGAAAGGAAUUUUUGUCUCAAAUUAACUCACUUCCUUCAAUAAAAGACUAUCAAACUUCUCAAUGGACUGUCCAAGAGGAUUAUAAUUUGCUCCAACUGUACCAAUCUUUUGGUCCAAAUUGGCCAUGCAUCUCCUUAUCAACUGAUUUUAAGAGUGAAGAAGAAGUAAAGCAUCGAUUCUGUGAUUUGAUCCGCUGGUGUGCUUAUUGAUCAGAACAGAAGAUUAAUCCUGAAGAUCCCUUGGAAUCAAGAGAUGUAGAUAUUGCUUACUGUGUGGAGGCUCUGUUGAUACAAUUAGACAAAGAGAAAACAAAAAUUCAUAAAAGAGAUUGAUUCAAUUUUACAAAAACAAGGACAGCAUCAGAUUCAGAUACUUCCAAUGACUAGAUUUGAGCAAAAUAUCAAUUACAUAACGCAUA